GACGCGCGGCGUCUUCUAAACCCGCAAAGUGUAAACAAUUAUAAACUAUAAUUAAUAAAAUAUGUGUUCGUAUGAAUUUAAAAGAAUAAAACCACAAUGGACGUGAAUAACUGACGGUGGCAAGCGGCGAGAUAAUCAUGCCGCCGAAGAGGAAACGCGGUGGUGCUGCAGCAAGAGGUCGCAGAGGCGGCGCAAGAGGCGGCAGAACGAAAAAGUCUGUUACUAUAGAACCAUCAGAUCAGUCUACAGACACUCCUAAUUCACCUAUAUUGGAACAGAUUGAGCAAAAUGAAACCUCCAGCAGUAAUUCAUCUGUUUUGGAAGAGCUGGCACAGCCAGAAGUGAAAAUCAAGCUGGAAACAAAAAUUCACAAAAAGUUUGGGAUUAAAUAUCAUGUGCCAGAUGAAGUUGUCAGUGCCAAGCCUCCUAUGUCACCUAUUUUGGAGGAUGUUUCAAGCCCCACAAUGCCAACACCAGCAAAUCUAGCUGUUGUAGUGCCACCAGCAACUGAUCAAUCAGAGGAGAGUUCAAAUGAGGACAAAAUGGAGACUGAAGUUGUUGUAAUGGAAGAAAAUGUGGUGGAAAAUGAGAUUGCUGAUCAGUUUCAUCAUUUAGGUGUUGCAGAAGAUGCAGAACAUUCAGAACAUGUUGAUAUGCAUGAAGUGGAAGAUGUUGAGCUUGAAAAUACUGUUGUUUUAGAAUAUGUGACACAUGACACUGAAGCCGAAUGUGAAAUUGAGGGUGAAGCUGAAGAAGCCGAGGAGGUUUAUUAUGUAGUAGAGGAAGAGUCUCAAGAUGUUGUUGAGGAAGCUAAGGAAUUAAUUGAAGUUAAGCAAGAGGUUGAACAUGAAGCUCCUGCUGAUGUUGAUGCCUCUGAGAAACUGCCUGAUGCUGAAAUCAAAAUGGAGGUGAUCGAAACUGAUUUAGUCAGUGAUGAAGUUGUGAAAGCUAAUAAAGAUAAAAAGAAGACUGCGGAGAAGCCUUCCAGGAAAAGUAAACGUAUUUCUUUGCGAGGUGGAAGACAAUCUGAAGAGAAUUCACCUGAAAAACUUCAAAUUUCACCUAAGGAUGAAGUAAAAGAAGAACCAGAACCUGUCGAAGACUUGAUUGAUGCAAUUCCAACCCAAAUAGAGAAUAAAUUAGAGGAAACAGUUGAAAAAUCAGAAGAAUGUGUAAUGGAAGUUUCUCAAAAUGAAGAAAAACUUGAUAUUGCUCCACCUGUUAGUGAAAUUCCUGUUAGUGAAACAAAAGAAACACUUGAAAAUGAAGUUAAAGACACCAAAAAACCUAAAAAAGUCACCGAGAAGAAGAGAGCACCUCCCAAACCGAAAAAGCCCAAAGAACCUAAAGACACAACUAAAGAAAAAAAGAAAAACAAAAAACAAGUGACAUUCAAGGUGCAACCAAAGGGUAAAAAGUUAAAAGACAACAAAUCAGCACCUACAGCAGGCAAAUCAGAAAAAAACGACGAUGAAGAUACAAAUAUACGUCGUUCCAGUCGAAUUAAGACAAUCAGCACGCAGAAAGUCCGCUCACGUGGUAAAGGAUUAGUUAAAAAGGAUGAUAUUCCUGAGGUACACUCAACACCAGGUACGCCUGAUGAUAAAAACGUUUUUAUUGCACCGACGAACACCACAGACGUGGAACAUAAACCUGUGAAAGUCAAAUCACGAUGGAGACGGUCCAGCGAGCUAGAAAUGCGGGAUAUCAAACCGCCCCCAGCGGAACAUCCUGCUAAAAUCAACGAAAAAGACGGGGAUAGAAAGAAAACUGAUGCGGGUGAGGUAGAACGCCGGUUGAAACAAUUUUUACAUCUUAAAGAGAAUGUUUACUUGACUGAGCGGAUUAGUUGUAAAGAAGCCAAGAAAAUGGUGUGUGAUUGUUUUCUCACUGAAGAGGAGAUUGCGGAAGGGGAGUACGGGUGUGGUGAUGAUUGUUUGAAUCGUCUUUUGAUGAUAGAAUGUGGUAAUCUAUGUACUGUCGGGGAUCGUUGCACAAACAAACGCUUCCAGAAGAUGCAAAGUGCAUCUGUGGAGGCUUUUGCAACUGAAAAGAAAGGAUUGGGCAUCAGGGCAGUCACAAAUAUACCAAGUGGUGAUUUUGUCUUGGAAUACGUUGGGGAAGUCCUAGAUGCCGAAAAAUUCGAACAACGCGCAACGGAAUAUUCCAAAGACAAAAAUCAACAUUAUUAUUUCAUGGCGCUGAGAGCCGACGCCAUUAUAGAUGCAACUAUGAAAGGAAACAUCUCAAGAUUCAUUAAUCAUUCAUGUGAACCAAAUGCAGAGACACAGAAGUGGACUGUCAAUGGUGAACUGCGUAUUGGUUUCUUCAGUUUGCGCACGAUUCUCGCUGGGGAAGAAAUCACGUUCGAUUAUCAAUUUCAGCGAUAUGGUAAAGAAGCGCAGAAGUGUUUCUGUGAAGCGCCUGGGUGUCGUGGCUGGCUGGGUGAGGAACCCGACAGUGAUGAUUCUGAUGAUGAGGAUGAUGAUGAAGAUGAAGAGGAAGAGGAUGAGGAAGAUGAUAAGGCGGUCGUAGGUGAAAAUGAUAAACAAAUUCAAGAAGAAAAAACACCGGGUGAGGGUGAAACUGAAUUAGUUGUCAAACCUGUUGCGAAAAAAGCAGUUAAAAAGGAAAAACUGCCUAAAAAGGAACGAAAACCUCGUGUUGCGAAACCGCGUAGAAAACCACGCAUGGAUCGCUUUGAAGAUUUGGGUCUUGAUGAAGAAAUCGAAAGUUUACAAUCCACAGGGUUGAAGAAUCAAGUGCAGACGCUAAAGUUGAGUCGUUUGAUGGUACGUGCAAAAGAACCUGUACAACGUACGAAGUUAUUAAAACUUUUGAAGAAAGGCGAGUUUCCCUGCCGGCGUUUAUUCUUGGAUUAUCAUGGUCUACGCUUGAUUCACGGAUGGAUGACAGAUGCGCAACAUUUAUCUCAACAGGAUUUACGCUUGGAGAUUCUUCAGACUUUAGCCAUGCUGCCAAUACCCAACAAAACAAUGCUCCAAGAUAGUAAAGUAUUACCCACUGUGGAGAAAUGGUCCAAAGAGUCAGAAUCACAAGAAUCACCCGCUGAUUCAGAUAGUAAUUCACCGAAACUUGAAGAGACACCCGCGAAAGUCGAACCUGUCAAAACACCAACAAAGAAACCUGUAAUUGAGGUGGAAGACGAUGAAGUGCGAAAAUCCGCAGGUAUGGAAGCGAAUUAUUUCAAAAUGAUCCCCGAUUAUAAUGUGGAUAACAUCAAAGAUGAACUCCUGAUCAUUUUCGAUGAUGAUUUUGUCCCGUUGGAUAUUCCCGUACAGAAAGCAAAACCCGAACAGCCGAAAUAUGAUAUUUUGGUGGAGAUAAUGGCGCUUGCUUUGAAACUCCUCGAAGAAUGGUCCAGUUUAAAGGAGGUGUUCAGGAUACCUAAAAAGGAGAGAAUUGAACAGAUGAAGGAACACGAACGUGAAGCAGAUCGUAGAUAUAAAGCAUUAAGUGUUGAACAGGAGACUGAACGCAAACGAGACAGAUACAGGGCAUUCCAGAGGCCAUCAAGGAUAGAACUUAGUGAUAGACUCAACAAGGACCGAGAUAGAGAUAGAGACAGGGAUCGGGAUCGAUCUAAGAGUGAUAGAUAUUCAAAUAUGUUGACAACUACAUCCACGAUGAGUAAACAUGAACGACGGGAGUUGUUUGCACGACAGGCACAAGAAGAAGAACGUAGAAGGAAGCAGGAACUGUGGAGUAAACAAAAUUGGAUGGUUAUGAACCAGGACCCACGAAUGCAGACCUUUGAUCCCAGUCGAAACACUGCGAUGCAAUUCAUGUGGAAUCAGUACCCGAAUAUGAUGGGGGAAGGGUUUAACUAUCCGCCUGGGUUUGGUAGAGUGGGUUCCGGUACGGUUACAGGCCCAGGUGCGGUUCCUUCCGGUAUACAAUCAUUGCAACCCGGGAUGUUGCCACCUAACGUCACACAACCUAAUAUGACCCCUGCUAAUAUGGGUACACUUCCUCCAAUGCCCAAUAUCCCUUCACGACCUACAGCUCCCUAUCAACAGGUGAUUGAUGAUGAUCCUUCAAAGGUUCAGUUCAUGGGACCCAUUCCCCCACCGGUGAAAUUACCUCCGAAGUGGAAAACAGCCAAGGAUAAAUACGGUAGGCCUUAUUAUUAUCAUGUUAAAGUGCGGAUUGCACAAUGGAUACCACCUGAGUUCACUGAGGUUCAAGAGGAACCAGAGGAUGAAGAUUCGGAGAGUACUUCGAGUUCGGAUACUAGUAGUUUAACUAGUACAUCGUCGGAUGAUAGUGAUAGCGAGGAUGAUGUUAAAUUUAUGAUGGAUAUCAGGAAGAAGGUUAUGGAGCAGCAGAAGAAGGCAUUGAUGCAAACACAGACAGGAGAUGUCACGCCUACUAAUCCUGAAGCCGUGCCUGUUACGGAUGCUUUGAUUCCUCUUGUUGAUGAGGCGAAUGUGAGUGUGUCUGAUAUUAGUGUGAUGACGGAAAUGUUGGAUAAGUCUAUGGCGGAGGAAGCGGGGAGUCCAAUGGAGGGGCAACUUGCUGAGCCGCCUCCAGCGAAGAAGCGAAGGCUUGGUUUAGUACAAGAACAUAUUAUUAGUCCUAGAUCCGAAGAAGACCGCCUGCAGUUCCGUGAAGAUGUGAAAAAGUACAAAUUGAACAAGGAGAUGGUGCGCAAACAGAAGGAAACUGUUUUGCAUCAUUCGAAGAAGCUGAAACCUAGCAUUCCUGCGCCUGGCGCAGCUUUAAUUACGUCCCCGAAUGUAAAUAAAGCAAUAAAACCGCACAAAAAGAAGGUUUCUACGAAAACAAAGCUGCGAGAAAUGGAAGCGAAUGCGAACAGUGAGGAUAGUAAAAAGAUCAAGGAGGCAUUCCGCUCGGCAAUGGCGACUGUCAUGGUGGGCAUUCUGAAUCCUUACCGGAAGCCUGAUUGUAAAGAGGGAAGGAUAACAGCGACGGAAGAUUUUAAACAUUUAGCACGAAAAUUAACUCAUUUUGUGAUGCUCAAAGAACUGAAGCACUGCGAUAGGAUUGAAGAUCUGGAGUGUACGGAUAGCGUAAAGUCGAAAGCAAAAGAGUUUGUUCGCAAAUACAUGGCAAAGUUUGGUGAAGUAUAUCAGCGCCCUGCGGACGAAACGGAGAACUUUUAAUUUUGUGAUUUCAAUGUUUUAAAGAUUCUUUGAGGGAUUUAAUUUAUAAGUAUCUAUUGUGGAUGUUUAUAUUAAUUGGGACAACAGUUUCAAUGGAUGAUUUAUAGUUAAUGACGAAGUGUAAUAUAUUUUGAUACCAUUGAGAAA